ACAGUUAUCUUUUUUUCUUGUUGACUAACUAUUUAGGUGUAUGUCAAGCAAACGUUUUUUUGCCUUCCUUCAGUUAAUUGAUCUCACAAGAAGCAACACAUCAAUUGUUCAUCAUACAUAGUUAGCAACUUACUGUCUAUUUUUUAUUUUUUUUAUUCGACUCUGUGGUUAAGUAUAGAACACAUACUUACUUGGCUAUAAUUUUUUACAAGUGACGGAGUUAAUGCACCAGGUUGUUAUAAAAACUAACCCAGUUUAGAUCAGCCUAAAAUACAAGCAUAAGAGGUCCAACCCAAACGUAAGAGGUCCAACCCAUAAUUCCAUGUGGCGAAAAUCUCCAAUAUUUACCUCCAUAUGAACUUUACAUGUGCAUAUGUUUUUUUCACAAUUACCACGACCCCAGAGCACGAAGUGAACAACCACAUUUCCUAGCUAAUCGAGAAACAAAUUACUUCCGAAAUAUUCACAGAUAUAAUUUCUGUCAACAACAGCACUAUCGUUACUGUACUGUUUACAACGAAACAACGGAUUCAUUACCUUCUCACUCCAUUGAUUUCUUUCAAUAUUCUAUUCAGAAAUAUCUUAGAAACAUAAUUAUAUCAAAAAUUGGAAAUCCGUUAUGCAGUAUUACACAGAAGAUAGGAUGAGAAGACAAAGUAACCCUGGAGGCAGAUUUACAAAUACAAGAGGACCUGAUCCCAACGCAAUCCGUGCACAGCAGUUAAUCGAGGCACAAUACAUGGCUCAACAACAGCAACAACAAAUCAGGCCAGUUGGUGGAACAAUUCCACGUGGAGCUCGCAGAAUGACUGGCGGGACACCGAACGACGCAUAUAUGGACAUGGAACGAAUGAAACGCACUGUAAAAGGUCUGCAAGAACAACUUGCUCUAGCUGAUGAUACAAUUCGAAAAUUAAAAUCCAAAGAAAAAGACCUGGGUGAUAGAGUAACACAGGACAUACAAAAUCAAGUACAAUUGAGCGGACGGUUUGAAGACCUUUCAAAGGGAGGUACACGCCCAACGCAAAUUAUAGAAAGAUACGGUUUGCUGUAUACCCAAGGUCGUAUUGAUGCGAUGGAUGAUCUUGAUCAAAUAGCUGGUCUCUCAAAGUAUGGAAAACAUCAAGAAAUGAAACAAAAAAUAUUAUACGGCAUUAUGGUGGCUUCGUACAAAGUUUCAUAUGAUUAUUUGCACCAACUCAAGCUGAACGUACGAAGACUUCUGGGCGUGCCAGAUAAACAUCCGGCAACCGAGAAAGAUGCUUUUGCUUCUGCCAUUACUUUUCUUACUACGUAUUUUCAAUCUACAACACAAACGUUCAAUGUUGAACCAGUUGUUCGAGAUGUUCAGGACCAACUAGUACAACUGCUGCCUGAAUUUCCAAGUCUUUCCAGACUGCCUGGGAUUGCUGCAUACACUACGGAUUGUUGUCGUGUCGCGUGGUCAAUGGUUAAUCAAAUUCCUCCAAUGGAAUUAGAGCACAGCCAUGAUAAAUUUUCUCAAACUAUGCAUACUCGAUUUCACGCCUCUUCUGAUAAAAACAAUAAAAUAAAGAUGUAUGUUUGGCCAACAUUAGUUGAUUCAGGGUCCAAGAAUGUAUUAUACAAAGGUGUUGUGUGGACCUGAGUGGAAACGUAUACCAUGUCAAACAUAUUUGGGGUAGAGCAAGCUUCGUCAUGAUAUGAUGAAAUACAAAUUAAUCCCCGUUUCCUGGAAACUAAGUUGUCAACUCGUGUAGAUCAAAGUUUGUCAGCUGUGCACAAAACGCUGAUAGGAGAAGAGAGUAGACAAUUUCCGAGCACGUUGCAUCAGUUCCUGCAAUUAAAAUAUAUAAUAAAAUGGUCAAUGAAAUUGUACAUAUUAUUUUUUUUCAAGUAGCAUCAAUACAGUUUACUUUUGUUAUUAGCUAUA